AUGAGCAUUUUCCAAAUUCCUAAGGAGAUUGUUAGUGACAUUGAGUGUGCUAUGAAUGCCUUUUGGUGGGGAGCUAAGUAUGGCAGUCGCAAGGGUAUUCGUUGGAAAUCAUUGUCACAGUUGUGUGUUCCCAAAGAUUGGGGCGGUAUCGGCUUCCGGAGACUGGAUCUUUUUAAUACGGUUUUUCUAUGCAAACAAGCAUGGCGCCUCAUUCAAUUCCCCUCCUCUCUGGUUGCUAGAGUCUUUCAAGCAAAAUAUUACCCAGUCUCAUCUUUCCUUGAUGCUAGGAGAAGUAGUAACCCAUCCUUCAUUUGGAAUAGCCUUUCAUCUACCAAAGAGAUCAUUAGACAACACAGUCGGUGGAGAAUAGGUAAUGGUAACUCUAUAAAUAUUUGGAGGGACAGAUGGCUUCCUGACAGUUCAAAUCCAAAGAUUUCCACGCCAUAUUUCUCAUUCAUGGAAAUUUUUGAUGUUUCCUCACUAUUCAUCGACCAGAGCCUAAAAUGGGAUGUGGACAUCAUUCAGAAUAUCUUUAACCAUCGGUAUGCUACACUUAUCACCAAUAUUCCUUUGCCUUUGAUCAACAGCGAAGAUAAACUAAUUUGGAUGAGGGAAGACCGUGGUCAGUUUAUGGUCAAAAGUUGUUAUAGAGCUCUCUUGGGUGAGAAGAAUGUUGUUAACAGAAAAGAUUGGGCCACAAUAUGGAAAUGUAAUGUACCUCCAAAGGUCUCUCAUGUUAUUGAUUAUCCGGUUGGUGACUGGUUUUUGAAGAAUAGCAGGUUGUUGAACAAGUCUCAAAACAAUCUACUCCUCAUGAUCUGA